AUGCCUUGCCACUGGUGUGCCGGCCUGCGGGAGCUGCCGCGCAGGGGAGCCGGGUGGUUUAAAGCAGUGUUUUUGUUCCAUGGGAACAAAACCCGCCUACCUGCUGCCAGACAGAGCCACGGGCAGACAAGUGGACUGUGGAGUGAAGUUCCUGGUCCCUGGGCGGGCGAGCCAGGAACUAAGGUCAGAACCCGUGGGGGGAGAGUGGGCGGCCCAGAUGAGACCACCAUCCUCUCUCCCUGCGGCCCUGUCUUCUCCCUGGCCGAGUUGUCUCGCCCUCCGGGCCUCAGGAACCUGAUUUGUGACAAUUCUGCACUGGAUGCCAGUGAAAACCAUUUGGGAGCGAAAUCUCAGGUGCAUAUAGAAACUACAAUGUCCAGACCAGUCCUCUCUCCAACCCACAUCAGUGCUACAACAUUCACAGUACUUCAGCAAAGGUUGAGAAUCGUUGAAAAGACCAGUUCUCUGAGGGAUGACCUAAUUAUGGUAGACUUUGGUGAAAAAGGAAGUCAGUUGGGAGCUCCAAAAUGUUUGGAAGAGCCUGUGAGCCAGAACAUCAUUAGUCCUAUGCAAAAUGAAGUAUUUUGUUCAGGAAAAAUGGAUAUUUUAUGGAAGAACUGUGAGUUUCUGGUAAAUAGAAUGUGCCAUCUAGAAAGCCUUAUCCAGUUCUUGAAAAUGAACAUCUUUUGCCUGCAAACUGAAAAGGAUUUGAAUCCACAGAAAACAGCUUUUUUGAAGGAUCAGCUGAAAACCGUACAGGAGGAGCAUUCCAAGGACCUGAAGCUAUUGCACCUUGAAGUGAUGGAUUUGUGCCAGCAACUACGAGAUGUAAAAGAAGAAGACAAGGCACAAGACGAAGUGCAAAGGUUGACUGCCACCCUGGAGAUUGCCUCAGAGACUAAGAAAAAUGUAGCCAUUAUUGAAGAGGAACUGAAGACCACAAAACGUAAAAUGAACCUGAGAAUUCAGGAGGCAACCACUGAUCUUUUCACUGUCCCUGUAGUUUUGAUAUUAAAAGGAGUUUUUCUUAUAAAAUUCAAGGUGCAAAUUUUGCAAAGGAAGUGCAUUGCCCUGCAUAGGCCUAUCCAGACCACCCAAGAGCUACUUGAACAGGAGCAGCAGAAAAAAGGAGAGUUGGAGACUGCGACCUCACAGCUCAAGUCUGAUCUAAUUUCUAGAGAUGACCUCAUUUCCAAGUUGGUUGAAGAAAAUAAGAAUUCGCAGAUGUCUUUCAACAAAGAACAUGAACAAAAUGCAUAUUUGACUUCUGAAAUAAUCCUUCAAGAAGCUUCAGAAAAAUCAUAGGUUUUGAAUGACCAACUGACUAGAAAGUUUUCAGAGCUGAACAACAUGCUUCAGACUGUUAGUAUGGAAAAUGCCAGAAUCAUUGCUGACCAUCAAGCUAUUCUUCAGAUAGAGCAGAAAAUGAUGACGCAGACAUUUCAAGAACAAAACUUACUGUUGGAUGCAGCCCAUGCCAGUAUCACAAGUGAGCUAUAGACUGUUCAGAAUGAGAAAACCCAACUCCAAGCACAUCUGGACCAUUUAGUCCUUGAACGUAACGAGUGUAUCGGGAAAGCACAGGAUGCUGAGAAGAGAAUAGCUGUGCAAAAGGAGCUACUUGAAUCAACUAUUGCAAGAUUGCGAGGUGAACUAGAAGCAUCAGUGCAAGAGAAGAAAUCUCUGCUAGAGGAGAAAGAAAGACUUCAAGGAGAGGUAGUUAAUAAAACAGAGAAAGAAAUAGCACAAGAAAAAUGCAGUUUGGAAAAGGAAUUAGCUAAAAACAAGGCAGACAUAAACGCAUUAAUCCACAACCUUCAGAGUCUAGAGGAAAAGAAUAAGCACCUGGCAGAUUAAAUAGCUUCCCUAGAACUUCAGCAAGUCACUUCUGAUUACCAUGGGGUGGGUAUAAAAAG